AUGCAGCAGCAGCAGCAAGUCUUGCUGCUGCUGCUGCUGCUGCUGCUGCGAGGGCCAAGACAGCAGCAGCAGCAGCAGCAAAAAGUAAAGAAACACCAGCAGCAGCAGCAGCAGCAGCAGCAGCAGCAGCAGAAAUACAGAUACCAACAGAAGAAGAGGUGCUGGGGGCUGCACCUUAAGACAGCAGCAGCAGCAGCAGCAAAAAAUAAAGAAACAGCAGCAGCAGCAGCAGCAGCAGAAAUACAGAUACCAACAGAAGAAGAGGUGCUGGGGGCUGCACCUCCUUUGCUGCUGCUGCUGCGGCAGCAGCAGCAGCAGCAAAUGCUGCUGCUUAUAACGAUAGAAAGAGCAGCAGAACUCCUACACUACCAGCAGAAACAUUCAGCAGCAGCAGCAGCAGCAGCAGCAGCAGCAGCAGCAGCAGCAGCAGCAGCAGCAGCAGCAGCAGCAGCAGUAGUAGUAGUGAGGAUAAGAAUAACAGCAGCAGCAAGAAAGAACACGAGAUCGAGAGAGGAAACAAAACAGGAUAAGAAUAACAGCAGCAGCAAGAAAGAACACGAGAUCGAGAGAGGAAACAAAACAGAGAAAAAAGAAACAGCAGCAGAUGCAGCAGCAGCAGCAGCAGCAGCAGCACAAGCCAACGGCCCCAACAGCAGCAACAACAAAACUACCACCACCAGCAGCAGCAGCAGCAGCAGCAGCAGCAGCAGCAGCAGCAGGAGAAAGAAGAAAGAGAGCAGCAAAGAAGUACAGGCUUUAGCCCGUGAAAUAAGAGAAGCAUCAACAGCUUACUUCUGCUGCUUGCUGCAGUCUGCUGCUGGCCAGGAGAUAGUUGAUAGGGUGCUGCUGCUGCUGCAGCAGGAAGCAGAAUAUAGGAGUCGGGGUGCAGCAGCAGCAGCAGCAGGUGCUGCUGCUGAUGCUGCUGCUGCAUCUCGAGUCGCUGCUGCUGCUGCGCCGGGUGGUGCUGCUGCAGCAGCUGCUGCAGCAGCUGCUGCAACGGCUGAUGCAGUUGUUUCUGCAGCAGCAGCAGCAGCAGCAGCAGCAGCUGCUGCUGCUGCUGCUGCUACAGCAGCUGUUCUAUUGCUGCAGCAAGAGAGAAAUCCUUUAGGAUACAAAACCCCACGCCUGCAGCAGCAGCAGCAGCAGCAGCAGCAGCAGCAGCAGCAGCAGCAGCAGCAGCAGCGGCAGCAGCAGCAGCAGCAGCAGCGGCGGCGGCAGCAGCAGCAGCAGGAGCAGCAGAGGUGA